AUGGAUUUUUGUGCUUCAAAUCCUUCGAAAUGUCUUAACAAUGGUACUUGUAUCAUGAAUUAUACAUUGAAUAUCACUUAUUGUAUGUGCGAUCAAUGUCACGAAGGAGACUUUUGUCAAGAUCUACGUCGACAAAACUACUACAAUACAGCAUAUAUCAACUUAAUCAUGUAUAUUGUUGCAUUGAGUAUUUCAGUAUUGAAUAACACAAUGUGUCUUGAAUUGUUCCUCAAAUGUCGGUUGAUCCGUCGAACUAAUUCUGGAAUUUAUCUCAUCGUUUAUUCGAUUUUAUGCCUGUUGGGCAGUAUUUCGCUUGUGAUGGAAGGUUAUGUAAAUUAUGAUAAAGGAACACGCGUAUUUCGAAAUGAUCCACAUGGGCGCCAAAGAUUUCACUGUAUUGUUGGUGUUGCAGGCUAUGGUUCAGCAUCUUUUCUGUGUAUAUGGUUUAGUGCAAUGGUCCAACUCGAACGUGGUUUACUUUUAUUUUUCGGUGCAACAACAAAUUUUUCUCGAAAACGAUCGAUAAUUAUUUCUGUACUUUUAUUUCUUAUGGCAAUAGGUUGUUCAUUACCACUUAUCGUUUACAACUGUGAGUGGGAUGGUAAUCGACCUAUUAAAACUUUACGAGUUGUUCUCAUGUACUUUCAUAUUUGUAUACCGGUUCUCAUCUAUCUCAUUGCUACCAUUCUGACUUUCAUUGGUUUCGCUCGUCGAAUACAUGCAUAUGGAUUAGAAAAACACUCUCAGUCAAGAUUAUUCAUGAAACUAAUAUAUACACAUUUGUUUAUUUUUAUUCCACCUGUCGUUUAUUCUAUUUGCUAUGGACUUUUCAAUCUGGUGGCGAAAUACAGUGAUCCUGAUAAAGGUUAUUUCGCUUGUGGCAUCUCAACUCCAGAAUACAUCAUAAAAAUUUUAUUACGAGGUCUCACGGGUCUUCCGUUUACUAUCACUUGGUUGCUUUUUGUGUAUCCAUCGCGAGUCUACAUGAGUGAAUUUUAUAUAUGCACAUGGUGUGGACAAUGGACAGCAUAUAUCAUACUGCGCUUUCGCCGAUGUUUUUCGAAGAAGAAGGACGAGCCGAGACCCAACGAACCAUCAGAUGACGCUGGAUAUAACAGUAUCAGUGAUCAGUCUAUACUUCGCGACUUCUCAUCGUCUGCGUAA